GGAGCAACUUCCUGGCCAUAUUCUCUCCUGAGUACCGCCGCACCACUCUCAUGAUGAUGGCUGUGUGGUUCUCAAUGUCGUUCAGUUACUAUGGGCUGACGGUGUGGUUCCCUGACAUGAUCAAGUAUCUCCAGAAGCAGGAGUACUCCUCGCGCACCAAGGUCUUCAUCAAGGAGAAGGUGGAGCACGUCACCUUCAACUUCACCCUGGAGAACCAGGUGCACCGCAACGGAGAGUACUUCAACAACAAGUUUAUGAAUCUGAAGAUGAAGUCUAUGGUGUUCGAGGAUUCUCUGUUUGAGGAGUGCUACUUUGAAGACAUCACCUCCAGCAACACCUUCUUCAAGAACUGCACCUUCAUCGCCACCCUCUUCUACAACACAGAUCUGUUCAAGUACAGGCUGAUCAACAGCAAACUGGUCAACAGCACCUUCCUGCACAACAAGGAGGGCUGCAUGCUUAGCGACUUCAGCGAGAACAGUGCCUACAUGAUAUACUUUGUCAGCUUCCUGGGCACCCUGGCCGUGUUGCCCGGCAACAUCGUGUCGGCGCUGCUCAUGGACAAGAUCGGACGGCUGAGGAUGCUGGCGGGCUCAAGUGUUAUCUCUUGUGUCAGCUGUUUCUUCCUGUCGUUUGGCAACAGCGAGUCGGCCAUGAUCGCUCUGCUCUGUCUGUUUGGGGGCAUCAGCAUCGCCUCCUGGAAUGCCCUGGACGUGCUGACGAUGCACAGCGUUGGCUUUCUAAACGCCCUCUGUAAGCUGGCAGCCGUGUUGGGCAUCAGCAUCUUCACCUCUUUCGUGGCAUUACCAAGGCUGUGCCCAUCCUGUUCGCCUCCCGGGCGCUUUGCAGCGGGCAGCUUCCUGGCGUUCAAGCUGCCGGAGACGCGGGGCCAAAGUGCUGCAAUAGUGUGGCCACGCCCCUAG